AUGGCCGCCACUGAAGGAAACUCGAUACAGGUGACUCUGCAUCAAAUCGCCAAGAUGAUUGACCAUUCCUUGUUACAUCCGACAAUGACAGACGAUGAUAUCCUCGAAGGGCUUCGUAUCGCCAAGAAGUAUUCUGUGGCGACUGCUUGCGUCAAGCCGUACCUCAUACCGAUGGCAAAGAAAGAAUUGGAAGGCAGCGAUGUCCUUGUAUGCCCCGUCAUUGGGUUCCCUCAUGGAAAUAGCACCACGGAAGUGAAAGUCUUUGAGGCUGAGGCAGCUGCUGCAGCCGGUGGCAAGGAAAUUGAUAUGGUUAUUAACAUCGGCAAGGCUCUCGGGGAAGAGUGGGAUUAUGUGUCGGAUGAAAUUGCACGCAUCAACGACGCUGUCACUAAGCACGGGGCCACCCUGAAAGUCAUCUUUGAAAACGACUUUCUUCAAGAGAAGCAUAUUAUCAAACUCUGCCAGAUUUGCUCUGACAUUGGGGUCGCUUUUGUUAAGACAUCUACUGGAUACGGAUUUGUCAAGCAAGCAAAUGGCAUGUACUCUUACAAGGGGGCAACAGUGCCUCAUCUGAAGCUCAUGCGGAAGCAUUCCAAGCCAGAAAUCCAAGUCAAGGCCGCUGGAGGUGUACGGACAUUGGAUGACCUUCUUCACGUCAUGUCACUCGGAGUGACACGAAUUGGUGCCACGGCCACAGUGGCCAUCAUGGAGGAAGCUGUCAGGAGAGGGAUCACGGAGCAACCCACAACAGUCACGUUCAAGCCCAUUGAUGAUGGUGCUUCGGGAGGUUAUUGA